CAGCCCUUUGAAAUCUCACCUGAAUCCCCAGAGCAGACAUUGAAAGUUGUAAAAAUCUUAUAAAACCAAUCAUCUGGCUGUGGAAAAGCCUCCUUAUAUCUCAUUUUUACAUUCUCCGGUGUGCUGUUGCGCAUCAAACAUCGGCUGGGAUUGGGCACUCCUAACGGACCAACCACGUGCCUCAAGCCAACUCAGUAGUUCGCCCACCGAAAGCAAUCAAAUCUUUUCAACCCCAAACAAAAAACAAAUCAGUCGACCGUGCGCGACGUUUUGGGUUCGUCGCCUUUGUCUUUAUUUCUGGUAAGUACGCAGUAAGUAAUUGAUUGAGAUCUCCACUUUUGCAAUCUUGUUCCGUCCGAGGUCCGUCCCGGCUUGCAAAACGCCGUUCCCACUCGACGUUGGAGCUACCUUAGGUAUCUGGGAUCGCAUGCAUGCAAACCAAACCAUAUACCAUACCGUCAUAAGGCAGUCGGCUUGUGACACACUGCAUUCCCCAACGCCCUGUUUACACGUACCAACCUCAAUAUACGGGUACUUUAUCGCCCGUUUGACCUCGCGCUGAUACUCAAUCCUGCGCCCCAGGCGAUCGUGGGAGUGAUCAGGAUCACCUUACUCGCCCACCAUCUUUCAACCCAACGUCCUCGUCGCAGCCUUGCGAUAGACAUCCGAAACAACAACUAGCCCUCGACGGCCUCCAUUGUACGAACCUCAUCCCCGGCGCCUCCGUUCGCCGGUCACAAUAGCAACGAUGGCGGCACGAAAACUGCAACAAGAAGUCGACAAGUGCUUCAAGAAGGUGGCCGAAGGUGUUGCCGAAUUCGAGUCAAUCUACGAGAAGAUCGAGCAAUCGAGCAACAUAUCGCAAAAGGAGAAAUAUGAGGACCAACUCAAGAGAGAGAUCAAGAAGCUGCAGCGUCUGCGUGAUCAGAUAAAGACUUGGGCAGCCAGCAAUGACAUUAAGGACAAGGCCCCGUUACUAGAGAACAGGAGAAAGAUCGAAACGCAAAUGGAGAGGUUCAAAGCGGUCGAGAAGGCUAUGAAAACAAAAGCCUACUCCAAGGAAGGACUUUCAGCCGCGGCCAAGCUCGAUCCCAAAGAGCAGGCCAAAGCUGAAGCAAGCGAGUUCCUUGGGAACAUGAUCGACACCCUCGAACUACAAAUUGAGGCGCUCGAGGCCGAGGCUGAGCAAAUACAGGCCACGGUCAAAAAGGGCAAAAUACAAGGCGCGAAAGCGGAGCGCAUGGCCAACAUCGAGCAAAUAAUCGAAAGGCACAAAUGGCAUCAAGGCAAGCUAGAGUUGAUUCGACGGUCAUUAGAAAAUGGCGGGGUCGACACUGAGCAGGUCACGGACAUUGAGGAGAACAUACGAUACUAUGUCAGCGAUGGCAUGCAAGAUGACUUCAUGGACGACGACACGUUAUACGACGAUUUAGCGCUCGGCGAGGAGGAGGAUGCAUACGGCAUGAACCAAGAUAACGACAAGGGCUCAUCCCAGGACGCACAGUCGGUACACGAGGAUUCUUUGGAAGACACGAGACCAACGCCACCCGCACCCGUUGCGAAGCCGCGAGCCGCAGCGGUAGAGGCAACAGUGGCCGCCGGCCGCAGGCCAUCGACACAGAUGAAGUCUCCGUUACCGACAUUAGCGACCUUACAUACGCCACUACCAACCAUUAGCAAUGGUUCGUCAAGUAGCGCGGGGAUGAAGCCGGCGCCGGCACCGACAAGGCCGGCCGGUGAGGGUCUUAAAUAUGCGUCUGCCGCCGCCGCCGCUGCCGCAAGCGAUAAGAACAAUGUGGGCAUUGCACCACUUCCCCCGCCACCGGGAGCUGCUCCCGUAUCGACCAUAUCACCCCAAGCCAAGGCUAGCGCGGCAAACUCUCCGAUCGUUAUGGCUGCACAACCUGCAGUUUCUGCCGCCUCUCAACCGCAAACGCAACCACCGGCUACAGCUGCUAGCCCCGUAAAGAUUGAAAACGCAAAGCCCGCAUCAAGUAGGAGUACAGGCAAAGCGCCGGCUACGUCAAAUGCAUCAGCUUCCGAGUCGAGCGAGGCUGCGGGCAAGGCCAGCAGCUCAAAAUCAAGAAAGGGCGCCUUGGGAGAAGCCUCGAAUCAAUCAUCAGCGACCUCCUCCCAUACCAACGGUGUCACAAAUGGUGUCAAGUCAAAGGCCAAGGGAAAGUCAGGGAAGGGUCAGCCACAAGUGCAGGCGCAAGAGGAGCCAGCAGAGGAGGAAUCUAUCUACCACCUUCCAGCAUCACUCCAAGACCUCGUAGACUCGUACGAGAUGUCCAAGAAGCGCCCGGCUCAAGCAAACUCGACGUCGACGCUGAGGGCAAUGUCGCACUCGCAAGCAAAUCUGCCCGAUUUAACAGAUGCAGAGGCACCAUCUUCCUACCAACCAGAAGUCAGGGUGCAGUCUUCAUCUGAGUACCCGCAAGAAUUGUUGCCGAUAUUCAGCGACGUGAGGCUGUACAACAGACUGGACACGGAUACGCUUUUCUACAUCUUUUACUAUAAGCAAGGCACCUACCAGCAGUAUUUGGCUGCCAAGGCGCUCAAGGAGCAAAGCUGGCGUUUCCACAAGCAGUACCAAACCUGGUUCCAACGCCAUGAGGAGCCCAAGAACAUCACGGAGGAGUUCGAGCAAGGCACUUAUCGCUUCUUUGACUACGAAAGCACUUGGAUGAACCGGAGGAAAGCGGAUUUCAAGUUCGCCUAUAAGUUCCUCGAGGAUGAAGUCUAAAUUUGCUCUUCACUUGACAGUCGCUGUGCCGUUUCUGCCAUCUCUUCUCAUUCUCUUACCUACCGGCUAAACUAGCACACGAGUGAAUACGGCCAAUAGCCAUGUUCCCGCGUUAUCUCGGAAGAGUCGUUCUUGAUGCUUUUUUUUUGUCGUUUCUUACCUGCUUUCACCGGUCUGUGGUCUAGCAGUCAGAUGUAUCCGGCGUCUACGGUGCGGUGUGGGUUGGACCAACCCCGUACAGGAAUGCGAAGAUGGCCAUAUCUUUGGACUGCCUUUGGUCGCAGGGCGGAGUCGUUGGUCUCCGAUUGAUUUGAUCGGAAUCAUGUUUUGUUAGUGUUGCAAACAGAUGGCAUAGAUGUGUGAAUGCUAGCUAGCAACGUCGGAGGUUUUGACUGCAAAACCUCUGAUGAUGGCAUGCCUCGUGGUCACAUUUGAACUCGGUCCCAUGGUCCCUAUCUUAGUGACUUUACUACAUCAUCAUGAAUAUAAACCGACUGUACAUGUACAAAGCUACAGCGGCAUCUUUUGUAGCAGCAUCAUUUGAGCAUCGGCACCUCAGGGUUGAGUACUUGAGAUAGCAUGACUGGCGUGAUAAUGGACUUUGCCCCCCGUGUACUUUGACUCGAAGGAGGUUUCCUGAAUCUAGGAUCUUCUCACGCCCAGAAAGAAUGUAACCUCUCAUAAAGCAUCCGAUGGACGGUGAUCAUCGGGUCUAACAUCGGUAGGGACGAAAUAAAUGAUAGCCAAGACAACAAAUAUAAAAAGAG